AUGGAUUUACAACGUGCCAGCGUCCCGACGCGCAACCAAUAUGACCGCGUACGCCAGAUACAGGCCGUUGGCAAUUUCAACAAAGCGAUAUGGCUCCUCAGGAACAAAACAAAUGGCCAGCUUGCUGUGCGCAAAGAAUUCGAUCCCAGAGACGUUGCAUCAGGUUUCGCCGCUCGCGAGAUAAGCCAUCUUAUACGUUUAUCGAACUGCUACAACGUCUGCACCUACCGCGAGCAUGAACUCAACUUGGCAACAGGAACUGGCGCCCUUGUCAUGGAUGUGUAUGCAUACGGUGAUCUAUGGGCUUUGCUCGAAAAGCAUGUCAGCGAGCGCAAACCUUUCAGUGAGAGCUUUAUCUGGCACGUCUUCAGGUCGCUAGCCCGGGCUCUGCGACACAUGCAGCGAGGCGAUCCCCCGGUUCUGAGCGACACAUACGACUGGAUACUGCACCGAGACAUCUACCCGCGCAACAUCUUCCUCGGGCUUCCUGCCUCUCACGAACCCUCAUGGCCGAAAGUCGUUCUCGGAGAUUUUGGCUCGAGCAUAUCGAGUGUUGAUCAGUGGCACGCCAUUGAGCUACGACAGCAACAGGAUUUUAGCCCACCGCCUUUCGAAAUGCCGAACAACAAAAGAAGUGAUGAUCACCAAAAGGCUGAUUGGACAAAUCACAUGCACAUCUGCCACGACAUCCGGCUUGAAGCCUUUCUGCCGCACGUCGCCAACGUCAUUCAGUCAGCUUCUCUUGCGCUCCUGGAAGCUACAAACAUGAUGCUGAUUACGAAGAUUGAACUGGACAACCAGAAGAUCGUCGCCUACAAGGGUGUUAACUUUAGCAACAACCCGUUCCCGAAGCUCACUGACGAUGUGUUCCCUGAUACAGCCACCAAACACGCGGUGCUGUGCUGCAAUGCGCGAUUCUUACCCCUAGCAUAUAUGCAUCUGUUGCUCAAAAAGCUCACCAAGACCAAACAUGUUGACAUCCACGAAGUCAUGGUAAAGAUCAAGACAGCAUCACGGACCGUUCUUUUCCUUGCAGAUGACGGUACAGACAGCGAGAAUUGGCCUGAGCACAAUAUUUCACUGUUGCGAAUUACCGCCAAUGGGAGCCGAAAGCAAUGGUACAUCAACCUAUCCGGUGCUGAGCUCGGGCUCACGCAAGCAUUCUUUACCGCUGCCGACUUCGAAUCCAAGCACAUGCAGGCGCUUUGUAGAGUCUUCGAGUUCGGUAAAUGUAGAGAAUACAUCUGGACUUGCUCAACUAUGCCAGGCUGGUUUGCGCACACAGAGCGCAUCGGCCUUCAGGCCUCAUCACGAAUGGAAACAGCACUACUGACCUUCUUGCAGCAGCCUGGAAAUGACUUGAGCAAUCUUCGUAAGAGGAGCAUCGCAGGCUCGACGAGCUGGACACAACCGUUGGUUGAGGCUUUGUCUCAGGCUGUUCAUGGGUACAUCUCCAACUACAACGUCGGUGGACUCAUGUCUCAGAUCAUCAAUGAGCCCGAGAGCCUAACGCGAGAAAUGAUGAGGAGGCAUUUCGAUUACGCUAGCAUUCUUGGCGAUGCUACGACGGUCGAGGAGAAUGCGAACUGCCCUAAGGUGACUCUUGAUCUGGCUAAGAUUGAGGAACAACACAAGGGCCCUGGCGUAAAGGAUUGGCCGAUUCACAAGAAACCAUGCAAAGACGCCCAGAACGUCAACCUCGAGAAGAAGCUUGCGCGCGUAGCCGAGGUCAUUCAACAGGCCUACUACGACUUCCGCGAGAACACUUGGGUUCAACCUGUGAUCAAGAUUCACGAUCGCAAUGACGCUCUGGUCAUAUUCGACGAGUCUAUGAGCGAGAAGAAGAAGUUCUUUGUCGACUUUCCGCAUCAUCUUGUCACAAAUGUUCGUUCUAAAAAGGCACUGCUUUGCGCAUGGUCAUGUAAUGAGCCGACCGCUUGGUUACAUGAUACCAUUGUUGGUCUGCUCGAAGGACUGAACAUCAAGGUCGAGGAGGUUCUCGUCACGCUAGGUACUGUCCCCCGAAAGAUCAUCUUCCACGAUAAACUUGGCAAAACCGAUAACUUGACCUGGCCCUUUUGCGAUCACAAGAUCAUCCGCGUUACCGCGACAAAGACCAAGAAACAGUGGAUCAUGGACCUCACCGGCGCUCAGUUUGGGAUAUAUCAAACCUUCUGGAGUUGGGAGGAAUAUGCAAACAAGUUUUCCACGAAGACGCACGACGUAGAUCCUAUCGGCGACAACAAAGCUAUGUUCGAGAAGCUUGCCAAGAACCCCGGUAACCCAGGUCUGGAACACCGACUGAUGAGGAUGGUAGCAGACCAUCUUGACGAAGUCGUGCGCGGGUGGAAAGCUGAAAGCGGCUUGUCAUUGGCGGCUCUCCUUGACCUCAACAAAGAGACGUAUGAGCAGGCUAGUUCAAAGCUACUACAGACCAUGAACGUCGCGAUCCGCGCUCACGUCAACACCAAUGACUACAAAGCGGAGUUUCAGGCUGCACAGGCUUACGAACGCGAGCAUCACGGUGAAGGCUAUAGGAUCGACCUCUAA